UGCUCCUCAGUAAUUACAACCAUAUUUUUACAGAAAAUACAAGUUUUCCGCUGAAGAAAACUUCCAUCAGCGCGGCAGCCGGCGGCAAAGUGGUGAUUAUGAGAAUUUCACCUCAGUGGUGAGUAAAUCGUUACGACGGAAAAUGCAAAGGAAUCUCGUGCAGGGCCUGAAGCUGCUCUCCGUGGGCGCCAGGAGUGCCCCGCGAUACUUCUCCACCGUGACCAGAUGGCAGAAUCCCCGGCGCCUCCUCGCCAGUCGCGAAAAAGUACACUUCGCAGCGAUUCGGGGGAUGUUUAUUCAGACGCAAGAGACUCCAAAUCCGGACAGCCUGAAAUUCCUCCCGGGACGUGAUGUUCUGGGCACCGGCAACACCAUGGACUUCCCUACGAUGGGCAGCGCCACUGGGAGUCCGCUGGCGAAGCUGUUAUUCCGCGUGGAGGGCGUGAAGUCGGUGUUCUUUGGCGGAGACUUCAUCACCAUCUCCAAGGCCGAGGACGCUGAGUGGGGCAUCCUGAAGGCCGAGCUGUUUGCUGUGAUAAUGGACUUCUUCGCCAGCGGCCUGCCCAUCCUCACGGGCGCGAAGCCCAACAGCGAGACACAGAUCAACGAGGAUGACGACGAGACUGUGAUGAUGAUAAAGGAGCUGCUGGACACACGAAUCCGCCCGACGGUGCAGGAGGACGGCGGAGACAUCAUAUUCAUGGGCUACAAGGAUGGCGUGGUGCAGCUGAAGAUGCAGGGCUCGUGCUCCUCCUGUCCCAGCUCCAUCGUGACACUGAAGAACGGCGUGCAGAACAUGUUGCAGUUCUACAUCCCGGAGGUCGUGGCGGUGGAGCAGGUGACGGAGCCCUCGGACGAGGUGGCGGAGAAGGUGUUUGACUCCCUGGAGAAGCAUCUGAAGGUCAAGGAGAAGGACUGAGACUGUGUGGUUGGCAAUAGAGAUUUGGCUAUUUA